AGUAACAUCAGUAGGCAAUAACCGAUGGUCUGUCACUGCAUCGAUGCAGAAUCGUCUAGGUCCGCAUCGAUGCAAUGAUUCAUUUCAACACCCCUAAUGGAAACCUGGAAAGAGAGGACAGACCACACAAACACACAAGAGGUAAAAACUCAAGCCAAGAGUGAGAAAGAGGGGCUGAAUAUCCUAGAGGACAAAGAUUCAGAUCCAAACAUUUGGAAUGAGGCAGCGACAGUAUGCUGCAAUGUUCUCGUGUUAGAAUGAGGCUUAAGAUGUUCAUUGAGACCGAGACCCAACAGGUACAAGGCCUGAAGUAAUGAAAGGGAUGAGCAACUCGCUGAAAGACGGGUUUGUAUUUAAAGGCUUCAACAGAGUCAGACUGUCGGAGGUCUGCUAAGUCACGUCGUUAAACAACAUUGUAUUUGAUAGUUGAGAAGCUACGCAUAUAAAUCAAUCCUGGCCGCCUCAUAAAGCCCAAUCAUAGGCCGACAUACUUCCUGCCACAGCACCAUGUGUCUCCAGUUUGACAAACCUGAAACUCAACUUCUUUUUUCAGUUUAUUUCUAAUUCCGUGUGUCACGAUUCAUGGAAAAAGCUCAACCUAUGUAUGUACAGUAUGCAGCAGCUCCACCCAUGGGCCUCCAUGCUCUUUGAGGCCUCACUGACUGACACUGAUAUCUGUCAAAGGAUCCCUCAGACGGAGGCUACUGUGCAGGUUUCUCCACUCAGUGCAGAGUCAUAGCGCCCUCUUGUGGAAGGGAGGGUAAUCAUGACCCUCACCACCACCACCACCGUGUCUGCUAACACUGUGGUUGUGCUGGAUGUCCCAAACUCCCUCCCUGUUGAGAGGAGAGGAAAAUAAUUUGAGACUAGUUUUGUUAUCUUUUUCCCAUCCUGUCUGCGGUGAUAAACACUGACCGUUUGAGUAAGGGAAUCCUGUGAUGGAGAGGAAGUGAAUGAGGAAAAAAGAAGGGAGGGAGGAGAGUGAGAUGGGAUGGGAGGGGGGGGGCUCAGAGCACCAAGCUGUUGUAUUAAUCUGCAAAUUUUCUCAGAUGACGCAAAGUCUGUGACUUUGCCUCCUGUCCCCUCUCCCUCUUCAUCUCCACAUCCCUCCUCUCUUCCGUGUCUUUCCCGAUGCCUCGCUCUUGUCGGAUGGGAGAUAACAACACACAGCAGGCAGGAUGACAAACAAGUCGACAGCCAACCAGUCCAACACAAAAAAGGAGACAGAAGAAAACCAGCGAGAUGACAACACAGACGUUGUGUAUAAAGAUGCAGGUCACUGCAGCCGCAACACGCACAACCUACUGCUCGGACUCACUGUUUUGGGUGUUGUCAUGGGAGUGGGCUUUGGGAUGCUGCUGCGGUACAUGAAGGUGACGGACAGCUCUGCCCUCACUAUGGUUUCUUUCCCUGGAGAAAUCCUCAUGAGGAUGCUGAAGAUGCUCAUCCUGCCUCUAAUCAUCUCCAGCCUCAUCACAGGGCUGGCUGGUCUAGACGCCCGCUCCAGUGGCAGGAUGGGUAGUAGAGCCAUGGUGUAUUACAUGUCCACCACUAUAAUCGCUGCCAUCCUCGGGGUCAUCCUGGUGUUGGGGAUCCACCCAGGGAACCCCAAACUAAGGGGAGGCUCAUCAAGCUCAGUCCCGAAGAACCAGGAGGUCAACAGUCUGGACGCCUUCCUCGACCUGCUCAGAAACCUUUUUCCUGAGAACCUGGUGCAGGCCUGCAUCCAACAGGUUCAGACGGUGCUGAAAAAGGAUCUGGUUGCAGCACCAAACCAAACCGAACCUGUCUUGGUGAGCAGGAAGAAACUGGAGUACAAAUGGGGCAUGAAUGUCCUCGGCUUGAUUGGCUUCUUCAUCACCUUUGGGAUCUGCAUGAGCAGGAUGGGCGAGCGAGGGAAGAUCAUGUGCGACUUCUUCAACAUCCUCAACGAGAUCAUCAUGACGAUGGUUUCCAUGAUCAUGUGGUACUCUCCUAUCGGCAUCGCCUCACUGAUAGCGGGAAAGAUUGCGGCCAUCGGGGACCUUGAGAUGGUUGCCAGGCAGCUGGGCAUGUACAUGGUGACCGUGAUCGUGGGCCUGGUGAUCCACGGGGGCUUGAUCCUUCCUGCUAUAUUCUUUGCAAUCACCAGAAAAAGCCCCUUUACUUUCUACUCUGGAAUCUUCCAGGCUUGGAUCACAGCUCUGGGCACUGCUAGCAGCGCAGGAACGUUACCCGUCACCUUCCGCUGCCUGGAGGAAAAUCUGAAGAUUGAUAAGCGAGUGACUCGCUUCGUGCUGCCCAUAGGUGCCACCAUUAACAUGGACGGCACUGCGCUGUAUGAGGCCGUGGCAGCCAUCUUUAUUGCCCAGAUGAAUGACAUCACCCUGGACAGCGGACAGAUCAUCACUGUCAGUAUGACUGCCACCCUGGCCAGUGUCGGAGCUGCCAGUAUUCCCAGUGCCGGACUGGUUACCAUGCUACUGAUCCUAACGGCUGUGGGGCUGCCUACUCAGGACAUCAGUCUGCUCAUCGCUGUCGACUGGCUGCUUGACAGAAUGCGUACCUCCAUCAAUGUGGUGGGCGACUCGUUCGGCGCCGGGAUCGUGGACCACUUGUCGAAGGCGGAGCUUGCCGAACUUGACGCAGCAGAAAUGCAAAUGCUCCAGCCAGAGGAGGAGCUCGAUUUCAUCCCUCCGCCCCCGAUCCUCACCGAGAUGGACCUGAUUGACCCCAUCAAACCGCCCGCGCUGCCACCCCGCUCCCCUCGCCCACCCAAACAAAACCACCACAGUCUCUCCCAGUCUCAGUCCAUCACUUACUCACCGUCCCGUUCUAUCCGAUCUCCAUCCCCACACUCCAUUCGCUCUCCCUCUCCGCGCUCCGUCUGCUCCCACUCCCCCCGGCCUUUCCGUACCCAUUCACCAUGCCUCCUCCGCAGGACGGAGGCGGGCUACUGCGCCCUGCCCAGCUACGACAACCAGAUUCCCACAAUGCCUCGCUCCUACAGGGAGAGAGACAGGGAGCGGGAGCGUCUCACGCGAGAGAGUGAAACCGAAGAGGAGGAGAGAGAGAGGGUUUUGGGUGAAGUAAGCGACGGCGAGGAGAGUGACGACACUGCUUAUGAUCGGAGGCACCCCAUGCUGCCGAGCGACCUGCCAUGAUUGGAGUUUUACCACCAAAAAACUUCCUCAUCGACUAGUUUCCGUUUUAUGACAGCUUUUGGAGGUCCACAGUGGAUUUCUGGCUGGUUACAUUGCUACCCUCAGAUGUAUUUUCAGUUUACUGCUCUUAAGAAAGAACUUUUGGAUAAAUGAUCAAUAAGCUCACUUUGAGCUUGAUAUGCAUAUAUAUUAAAAUGUUGAGAUGGCCCUUAAAACCAGGCCUGUCAGCCUUUGGUUUCCUGCAAAAGAGCUUAAAUGGAGAGUUGUUUCCCCAGUUAAAUCAUGUCUCCAUCACUGUCUUGAUUUCCUAACCAAAUUUAAAAUGUUCCUGUAUGUCUGAACUUCCUUAAAUUUGCCUGAUAGGAGAGAAAUUGUGAGUCUGCUCCCAAUGAUAAAAGUAUCUUGGUGUUACCAGCGUUUAAACGCGCAACCAUGAGUAAUUAGUUGGUCCUUUACCUUUGCUCAACUCCUUCUCCUCUACUUCUACUUAUUUUCCUGGUAGGAAUUAAAUUCACCAUUUUAAAGGCUGUUAUGUGCUGGAAUAUUUCAUGUCUGGGAGCUGAACAUUUCUGUAGUGUCCACUGGUUUCCUGCCAGUCGAGAAAUAGUCCAAAAAGCCACAACUUGGUUUUACACUUCUGUUUUUGUGUGGAUUAAACAAACAAAAUACAACACGUUAAAGGGAUAGUUCAGAUAAUUUUAA